AGAAACAAAAACUUUGGGUCUUGGAGCUUUUAUCGGGUUUAGUUUCCAAGCUACAUAAAGUUUUUAAUGGGGCUAGAACCAUGGACAAAUGUUCCAGGAUGUAGCCUUUAUUCCUAAUUUUGGAGCCGUUCUUCUACCGUGCUUAUUUUUACAGCUACAGAAAUCUUUACCUGUACACAAACCUAGGGCAUAUUUUCGGGGUUACGACCUCUGUUCCUAUCUCCCCGUCGAUACAAACUACUUUGGCGCUCAUCUAUCGUGUUUAGUCUUCGAACUGUAUGACACCACCUACACCCGGACAUAUUUCUGGGGUCUUGUACUGAAGUUUUUUCCUUUCUAAAAUCUCUUCUUGCUUUCAUGGCAUAAUCAUGUAAAGUCUGGGGCGAAUUGGUUAAUACCUUUGCUUGUUGUUCGACACAUGGUUAAAUCACAACCACUGAUUGUAACAUACACAACAUGUAACAUGUUAGUAAUAACAUGCCUACGCUAAACAUCAAAGUAUACAUUUAUUUCACAGCACAUAUGAGCUGAGUUUGGAUUAUUCAAUUCGAGUGCCCAAGAUCGGUAUUGUCGAUUGUUAUCGACAAUUAUAUCGAGAUUGAUAUAGAUAAUUCAUUCGAUUGCAUUGCAAUGCAUUAUUUUCAGAGUGGUAGGUGUGAGGCGCGCUAAAGCGAAAGGCACGUUCAGAGGGGCAUGGGUAUUUAAGAGAUAACACCACUAGUAAUGUUUUAUCUGAUACGGGUCACACGUCUUGUAGGUGGAGUUCAACGAUUUUAAUACGGAGAAUAUGAAAGGUGUUCGGCUUCGAGUUCGUGAUCCCAGCACUGAUGUUAUUCCAGAACAUCAUGGAGCUCGUCGAAAGUCACGAAAAUAUCUGCUUCCUACUCCAACAUCUCACUUUAUUGCUGUGCUUUGCUUCCUAGUGUUUAUAUUUGUUGCAAUUGAGUUGGUGGAGAGGAAACUGCCGACACCCCUCAGAUUGGUUGAUGCCCCAAGUAACCCUGGGAAGUUUAUAGCUGAAAGGGCCAUGAACCAUUUGAUGAGGCUCACAGAUAUAGGGCCUAGAACUACAGGAAGCUAUGAAAAUGAAGUGCUGGCUAUCAAGUUCUUUGAAGAAGAAAUUGGCAGUAUCAUGGACCGAGCAAAACCAAUUCAUAAUGUGCAAGUGGAUAUUCAGAAAACAAGUGGGGCAUUUCCGCUCCAUUUCUUAGAUGGAAUGACAAAUGUGUAUAGAGAUGUUCAGAAUGUAAUUGUUAGAGUGAGUGCCAAGUAUGCCGAGUCUGCUCACAGUCUUCUGGUGAACUGCCAUUUUGAUACUGUUUCUGGCAGUCCAGGAGGCAGUGAUGAUGGAGCCAGCUGUGCUAUAAUGCUGGAGAUUCUCCAUGUCAUCACACAGAUGGAGCAACCACUGAAACACAACUUAAUCCUUCUCUUCAAUGGUGCAGAGGAAAAUCUGAUGCAGGCAUCCCAUGGUUUCAUAACUCAACACAAAUGGGCAAAGGAAGUAAGAGCAUUCAUUAACUUGGAGGCUUGUGGAGCAGGUGGACGAGAGAUUUUGUUCCAGGCUGGUCCAAAUCACCCCUGGAUAAUGCAGAUCUAUUCAGAGUCUGUUCCAUAUCCGUAUGCCUCCUCACUGGCUCAAGAAAUCUUUCAGAGUGGAGUUAUUCCGGGUGACACAGAUUUCAGAAUAUUCCGGGAUUUUGGACAUGUUUCAGGACUUGAUUUUGCAUGGUCAAAAAAUGGCUAUGUAUAUCACACCAAGUUUGAUAAUGUGAGGCAAAUUCCUCUUGGCACAUUGCAGAGGACAGGAGAAAAUAUCCUGGCACUUACUCUGGCCAUUGCUAAUAAUGAUAAGAUGGCUAACACAGAAAAAUAUGCAUCUGGCAAUCUGGUGUUCUUUGAUUUCCUGGGUGCCUUUGUGAUACGCUGGCCUGAAGGCAUAGGCCUCCUCAUCAAUAGUCUUACUGUGGCUGUAUCAGUCUUUUGCCUCUUCAAAACUAUGAAGACUUCUGUAACAAGAGAUAUGGAAUAUGCAGCUUAUGUGCGGCAACUGGCGAUCUCAAGUAGUGUGGCCAUAGGCUCCUUAUUGUUAAUUCUGCUGGCCAACUUACUAAUAGCUUUGACUCUCACUGCUCUGGGCCGCUCCAUGAGUUGGUUCGCACGCCCUGUGUGGAUUUUCUUCUUAUAUAUUUGCCCCACACUCUUUGUACCCAUGGUUCUCGUGUUGGUAGUGUCUCGCUGGCAAAGAUCUAUGGCGACUUCAGCAUGGACUCUGUUCCAGCUGUACAGUGAUGGGUAUCAGAUCAUGUGGAUACUGAUUUUGCUGACAUGCACUGUGCUGCAAAUUAGAAGUGGUUUCAUUGCGUUGCUGUGGAUAUUUUUUGCAAUUGUCGAGAACUUUGCUCGAACAACAGUAUUAAGACAUUGGAGAGGUGGUAAAUGGCUGAUGCUGCAUGUGGCUGCCCUGACGUUACCAUUCACCCAGUGUCUGUACCUUGUUCUGGCUGCCAUGUCUUUGUAUGUUCCAAUUAUGGGUCGCAGUGGGGCCGGUACAAAUUCAGAAGUAAUUGUUGGUCUUCUCGUAGGAAUAAAAUUUGGUUUGCUGUUUACAUGCAUUGUUCCCCUCAUUUUACUGGUGAAAAGUCCAGAGAGAAUCUUGAGUCUCCUGAGUGGGCUGUUUUUGAUAGCAGUUGGUCUGCUUAUCCUAACUCCUCUGGGAUUCCCAUAUUCUGCAGACCCAGCAGCACCUGCUCCACAGCGCUUCAUGAUAGCCCAUGCAGACAGGACAUUCCACGAUGUUUCAGGAAAUGUUAAGCAUCAUGACACUGGGUAUUGGAUUGUGGAUAUGGACCAGAACAGUCCUUACACCGUGAAGUCACUUGUCCAAGAGAUGGCAAAUGUUCGGCUUGCUCUCUCGUUCAUAUGGAAGACCCAUUGGAUUCCUGGACCACCACCUAUGCUACCACUGCCAACAGAACUUCACCUGAAUAAAAGUGAGAUGAUAUCACAUAACCACAAGAGACUGAACUUCACUGUUACAGGCCCUGAUCACAUUGGCGUGAUGUUGUCUCCAGUUCCUGGUGUAACACUUGAUCAUUGGAGUUUGGAUGAUCAAGAGCCCUUGGCGGGUCCUAAGUGGAAUGGACGUGAUACAUAUUUUGUAUAUUAUGCUUAUGCCUCAGAACCCAAGCCUUUGACAUUUUCUUUUGACCUCAAGGGACCUCGCCUUUCAAAUCGAACCACUGUAGAUGUGGCUGUUUCAAGUCACUUCAUGCAUGGUCCUGCAAAAUCUGGAGUCCGGUUUCGCCGGUUCUUGUCACAGUUUCCACCCUGGACUGAUGUCACUGCCUGGACUGCCACAUAUGCUUCUUGGAAGUUUUGACCAACAUAGAGGUAGACCAAACAAUCAAAUUUGAUAGACUUUAUGCUGUAGGGGGCUGACUUUAAUGUAUUCUGCAUAUAACGCAUUUAUGGCUUGAGUGUAUGUCAUAGAGGGUACCGAUUCUGCCAGCAUAAACUUGUGAGUUUAUAGAAAACUUUUGAUCACAAUUUUUAGAGUUAAAUCUUACAGUUGAUUCCUUCGUAUUUGUGCUUUAUGUUGAGUAAAACAUUUGUACGUGCACCAAAUGGUUACAAUAAUCUGCCUUUAGCGAUUCCUUCCAUAUGACAUCUAAAGAGGCAGGAAGUGCUACAUAUCGGAAUUUGGGUUUGAUACAUAUCAUGGACAGCUAAAUGAUGUAUAAUACCAGCACAGUUCUCUAUCUUAAGCUUGAUUAGGGAAGUGCCCAUGUAGUGCCAUUAGCUCAAUUUUAAAACUAUCUUCUAGAUAAUCGUAAUAGUUAAUGACAUUUCAGUGCUCAGAGUACGCCUUGGUCAUAGGAACUUCUAAUGCCAAUUCAUUAUAAUCACAAGUAAUGAAGUAGAACUUAACUGUAGAAUAGAAUAUCCAUUCUAAGAUAUUCUGUAAUAGCCUCCAUUAAAUUAAUUUAACUUAAACAUAUUUUUCUUUAGGUUCAGUUGAUUGUGUUGUGUUUGUACACAACAAGAAAUGUUAUAUUAUGAAUGAUUAUUGAGAUAAGCAUGAUUUACAAGACAUGGCACACAUCAAUAAUUUAUUAACAGUGGAAAUUUACUUUAUAAUGCAAAAAUUAGUUAUGUUGAAAAUGAAAUGAAAGUACAAAAUUGGGUAUAAGAUAUGAAAGGGAAAAAUCUGGUAAGGUGAAUUAUAUAGCAGACAUGUCUUUCCAUAAGUCAUACCACUGCAUGAAGAUUGAGUGUAACAUGUUUCAUAUAAAUCACAAGACUCGAUACAUAAAUUAAUCAUUUUGAUUUCUCAGUCUGAUGUAAAGCACUUGGGUACAUCUCAUUCUACUGUAGGUAAAAUUAUGUCUAUAUAUAAACUGAUAUGUAGCAAAGAUGGCUGUCUUCUGGGUUGUUUCAGAGGCCCUUGAUGAUGGAGGCAGCAAGGACCUCUGAAUGUUUGAUAAACAUGGCACUACAACCCAGAAGACAGCUAUUUGUGUACUCACUGCCAUGAGAAUCUCAAAUCCUACUAAAAGUAGCAAUUUGUUAACAUAAAAAACUGGGCUGUGCCAUUUCUCAGGUAGUUGCAGUCUUUACAAGUGGGGACUGAAGUUCAAUUUCAGGGCAGUCAGUACAUGUGAGAUUUGUGUUGGACAAAAUGGCUUGGGGUCAGAUUUUUCUUUGAGUGGUUCACGUUUUUAGCUGUGAAUCAUUAUUUCUGUAUUGCUUCAUAUGCAUCAAUUGUCAUCAAGGGAUAAUACAUUAGGCCUAUUUGUAAUUCAGUUUAGCUCUCCUGGCAUCGUAUUGUAAUGUGGAUCAGUAAGUA